AUGUCAAAGCGGAAGCAGUGGGAUGUGUUUAAGAAUAAAAUGUCCCGCAAAAGGAUGGGAAAAAAGGAAGAAAAAGAAGAGACUGAGUAUUUGACAGUACAGCGACUAUCUGCCUCUGUCGAAGGAAAGGCACAAAAAUAUACAAGAAUUGGCCCAUUGACAAUGGUACCGUUUCCACAUGAAGAUAAGACAAUGGAAAAUAUCAAACACGCAUGCAAAGACCAUUUCGAGAUUGAUAAAGGAUAUCAAUGUGACGUUCUUGCGGGGGAGAGAGGACCAUCUUAUACAAAUGUGAAUCAGAUUAAGAACUGGAAACUUAUUCACAUCCGGUUUGUGGAAAAAGAACCCGAGCUGAGAAAGAGCAGAAGUUCUAAAGAAAAGGAAGACCACACUCAAGCACAUAACCUGUCACUACCAAUAUCAUAUGUCAACGUGCCUAGUUGCUCCAAUAUUGCACCGUCGUCUCGGUCUGUAUUCCCUCAGUCUGUCCCUCUCAGUCAACUCAUUAAGAUCGGGAAGUUUAUCCCACCGAAAAAGGACAUUGUCACUUUACAGUUAGAAGCAUUUGAUGUUGAGAGAAGAAGCUGGAAAGAUCCAGUGGAAGUAGUGUUGUCAAUUAGCGUUGAUAAGUUUGCAAGUGGUGCCUGCCGUGAUGCAUUUUUAGCUUUUUAG